AUGGGAGACAAUGUUGAAACAACUACUGGGACUCAAGUUCCCCUUUCAGCUGCGGAUUCUGGCUCUAAAGAGGUCUUUAAUACCUCUUACCCUUUCUUCAUUUCACCAUCAGAUUCAUCUGGAACACUGCUUCUCAAUACAGUUUUUGAUGGAAAAAGUUUUGGGGGUUGGAAAAGAGCUAUGUGGAUAGCUUUAACAGCUAAAAAUAAAGUUGGUUUCAUAGAUGGUUCAACACCAGAACCAGAAAUAGAAACAGAUCUGCGUAAUGCUUGGGGUAGAGCCAAUAAUAUGGUAAUUUUGUGGAUACUAAACUCCCUAUCUAGAGACAUUUCUGAAAGUGUUCUCUAUUAUGCUAAUGCUAAGGAUAUCUGGGAGGAGUUAGAAGCCAGAUUUGGCCAAAGUUCAGGAGCUAGAUUGUAUCAGCUCCAAAAAGAACUAAGUGACCUUGUUCAAGGUCCAUCUGAUAUAGCCACCUAUUUUACUAAGAUUAAACGAUUCUGGGAUGAAUUAGAUACUUUGGAUUCGUUUAUUCCUUGCUCUUGCAUUUGUUCCUGCAAAGCAAAGGAGAAAAACAUUAAAUCUAAGCAAGAUGAAAGGCUUAUCAAAUUUUUAAUGGGACUCAAUGAUUCAUACUGUGGUGCUAAGGGUAACAUUCUCAUGAUUUCACCUUUACCCACUAUUUCUAAUACACAUGCACUGUUAGUCCAAGAAGAAAAACAAAGAGAAGUUCACAACACACCAAAAUACCCAAGAGAGUCACCUUCCUUUGUUGCUGCAAAUCAGGGAAAUUUCCCACAAAAACCCUUUGCUACUGAUUUCAGAUCACAAAAAAGAUAUUAUGACAACAAGAAAUCUGGUAGCAUUUUUCAGGGUAAUGUAGUGUCUUCUAAUGAGAAUACUGGGGAAGUGUUCAUGUCUAAUGCAGAAACAGGAGAACAAGGGAAACUUCUUUCUCCUGAUCAGUUGGCAUAA